CAACUCAUCAUCAUCAUCAAAAACCAUCCAACAUGCCAAGUAGGAGUUUUGAAGAGGACAAGGAACAAUGGCGAAGUCACUCCUUUGUUCUUCAGCGCUAACCUCAUUCUUCUCCUCCACUCUCUCUUCAUCAACUUCUUCCAGGAACAACCAAAUCGCAUGCUCAGGAAACAUCAAGAACCAGACACCGUCUCUGUCAUGGAACAGACGAGAGUUGUCGCUUGGUUUUAUGAGCAGCUUUCUCGCGGUUGGUCUCGUUGGUAACGACAGAAGAAGCAGCGACGCGAAUGCAGCGAUUCUCGAAGCUGAUGACGAUGAAGAGCUUCUGGAGAAAGUGAAGCAAGACCGGAAAAAGAGGAUUGAGAGACAAGCUGUUCUUAACUCUGCUGUUAAAGAAAAGGGGUAUUUGCAGGAUCUUGUUUACAAUUUAAGCAAAGUAGGACAAGCCAUUGAGAACAAUGAUCUACCAGCUGCAGGUUUGGUUUUGGGGAAUGGCAGUGAUACCGAAUGGGUCAAAACAGCUAACUUGGCUUUCACAAAGUUGAGUGCAAGUCCAGAAGAGAAUACAGAGGUGGAAACAUUUAAUUCAUCUUUAGCUUCUCUUGUUACAUCAGUGAACAAGAACGAUCUAGAGUCAUCUAAGCUCGCGUUCGUGUCAUCGGCUAGUGCACUUGAGAAAUGGUCGAGCUUGACUGGUCUUUUAGGACAGCUCAAGGGCAUCUGAUAGGCUGCCUACCAUUUGUCUACUUUUGUUUGUAAUUUUCUGAAGAUUGUCAACAAAAGAAAGAAUAUCCUUUGAAAGUUAUAUCCUCUUAACAUC